AUGUCAGCCUUCAAUACAUUCCAGCAAUGUGGUGAGCAGUGUGCAGCAUGGCUCAGGUGCCCUGACCCCGAUUGUCCUAUCAAAUUCUCGGGUCUAACACUCCAAAACCUGCACGACGAAGGUUGGAGCGAAAACAUCGAGCGAAUCGACCUCCCACACAACUACCAGUUACGAGUCUCCGAGGUCGGAUUCUCCUUAAGCUGCGUAUACUCUAGAUUCACUAUUGAGCGGUUUGAUGUCUACGGCCAGUGGGAGGGAGUCAACGGACCAGGUGUGGUAAUCAUUGAAUCGGUUGUACGAACUGAGAACUCUGGCCUCCCAUAUUCUUCUCAACUGACUAAAGCUGUUUACCAGCAUGAAUACGAGCUUAAGACGCUGAAUUUUGUUUUCAUGAAUAACGUUGUUAACGAGGAGACCUUGAGGUUUGUGCGCGAGUUCAUCUACAAUGAGGAAAGGUACAAGAAGCUUGACAAUAUUCAGGAGGCCCCACGGAAAUCCUUCGAAAGGGACACACCCCAGUAUCACCAGCUUUUGGGUACAAGGAUGGGUACUCGGCAUAUUGGGCGCGUUGUCACUUGGUUUCAGAGUUAUAGACUGCAGCUACGGUUUGAUAUUGAUUGA